AAAAACCCACCCGCAAUACAUGCAUUGGGCCAAGUUGUUCAUAAACAUAAAGAGCUGGGUGAACAUGCAUCCAUCUAGUUUUAUAACUCGAAAGUGAAAGGUUUUGAGCAGAUAUCAAAUGUACUUGAAAGUGAAAAGAACGACUUUCUUGUUUACAAAGAUUUCUUCUGAAAUAAGUGUUGAGAUUUCACAGAAGUAUUCUACUCCUACACGAAAUAAAAGACAAGCAAACAAAAUCUGAGUUUUCUAAACGAUGCAGUUUCAGGUAUAGCAAUGCGGUAACUUGAUCCUCUGACUGAACAAACCAAUACGUUUUAAAGUGCUAAUGGCGACCACUAAACCGUGCAAUUGUGGCAAUGAAACAAGGAACAACGGAAAAAGGAACAACGACACACAUGAAGAAAACACAGACGUUCACCAUACGGUAAUUGGUGUCUCAAUAGCUGUUGGUUGUAUUGCUGUAUUGGUAAUCGUAGUAGGAAUAUGGCUGACUUUACGAAGACGAAGAUUACUGAAAACUGAAGAAGUCGGUCAAGAAUCGGAAUUAUCCGAUGAUUACCCGAACAGUUUACGAACUUGCCGAGGCGAUAGAGUUCGAGUUAUGUCGAUGACUAAGUUUGACAUGUAUGGAGGUUCACUGUGCGAUUUAUCUCGUGCUGGCCACACAGAAAGAGAAAGGCAUUUGGCUAAGCAAAGUUUCAGCUCGACCAGUUGUCAUGACUUUCUUUACCAUGGCAACCACAACAAUACAAUACUGAACACACUUGCUGCUACAUGGAGUAUACAAACACUGCCCGACCCACCCCUCCCAGGAGAUGUAGUAAUUCAAAGAGUAUCAAGAAAUCCUCUUUAUAACAGGCCCGGCUUAGGGAAUCAUGUUAGACGAUGUGUCAGCAAUAACGCCCUCUAUGAAAGUGUUGAUAACAUUUUUUCUGGAAUUAAACGUAAUAAGAAUUGCAGAAAUUAUUGCUCAGGAAGCCCAGCAUACCAAAGCAUCGACGAACUUAAGCUUCCAUCUUCAAUAACCCCAAAAGCUCAAGUUUCUCAUUACGAAAGAGUUGACAUCAUCAAUUACAAUUUCAAGACAAUCCAACAGAAUAGAAAACCGUGAAAUAUAGMCAAUUGUCAUUCAGAAAGUCUGGACCUUUAUCUUAAUAAUUUAGUAGAUAUGACACUGUUGGUUUUUACUGGAUUUGCUUACGUAAACGUACUUAAUUUCAAUAUGGCUAGAGUACAACACAACAUUGGAAAUGAAUUGAAAUGAAAUAAAAGGCGUUGAAUUUGUCA